GACACUGGUGGAGAAUGAAAACUGAAGGUGGCAGUAGUGCGACAUCGUGAAUGCCUCAAAGAGGAAGAAGAAGAAGUUCACCGAGCGGAUGCUUUUCACCGGAGAUCGCGUUUCCUUCCGGAACACAACUUGGUUGCACCACCGGUAUUAAAGUUAGUUCUUUGGCUGUCAUUGCUGAAUUCCUGUCCAGGAGACAUAAUGGACGAAGAACCAGAGAGAGCCAAGCGCUGGGAAGGAGGCUAUGAGAGGACAUGGGAGGUGCUGAAGGAGGAUGAAUCUGGCUCACUCAAAGCCACAGUGGAAGAGAUCCUGUUCCAGUCCAAGAGGAAAAGGGUGAUAGCGAGCCAUGAACAAGUGAGGCUGGGAAUGAUGCGUCACCUCUUUGUGGUGAUUGACUGUUCAAGAAGUAUGGAAGACCAGGACUUGAAACCGAACCGCCUCACCUCUACUCUAAAGCUGAUGGAAGCUUUUGUCGAUGAGUAUUUUGACCAGAACCCCAUCAGUCAGGUGGGCAUUAUCACCACAAAGAAUAAAAGGGCUGAGAAGUUGACUGACCUGUCAGGAAAUCCAAAGAAACACAUCUCUGCUCUGAAGAAGGCAGUGGACACCGUGUGUGUAGGAGAACCGUCUCUGUACAACUCUCUCAACCUGGCCAUACAGUCGCUCAAGCACAUGCCUGGACAUACGAGCCGGGAGAUCCUGAUCAUCCUCAGUAGCCUCACCACAUGUGACCCAGCCAACAUCUAUGAGCUGAUAAAGACCCUGAUGUCUCUGAAGGUGCGGGUGUCAGUAAUCGGCCUAUCAGCAGAGGUACGGGUGUGUACGGUGCUGACGAGGGACACGGGCGGCUUGUACCACGUUAUCCUGGACGAGAGUCACUUCAAAGAGCUUCUGAUGAUGCACGUCAAACCUCCUCCAGCCAGCUCCUCGUCUGAAUGUUCUUUAAUACGCAUGGGUUUUCCUCAGCACACUGUCGCUGCUCUGACUGACCAGGAUGCCAAGCCUUCCUUCAGCAUGUCGCAUCUGGACAGCAGCAGUGGUCCAGGUCUGUCUCUCGGAGGCUACUUCUGUCCACAGUGCCACGCCAAGUACACAGAGCUUCCUGUAGAGUGUAAAGUCUGUGGUUUGACUCUGGUGUCGGCCCCCCAUCUCGCCAGAUCCUUCCACCACCUCUUCCCCCUCCAAGCCUUUACAGAGAGUCCUGUGGAGGAGCUUCAGGGAGACAGGUUCUGUCAAGCUUGUCAAGGGGAGCUAAAGGAUAAAAGUAUAUUCACCUGUACAACAUGUCACAGUGUCUUCUGUGUGGAGUGUGAUCUCUUCAUCCAUGAAUCGCUCCACUGCUGCCCCUGCUGUAUUCACAGACAGACCGCCCCCUGAAGCUGAGAGGCUAACUGUCAGACAGAGACUGAAACAGACUUAGUGGUCAUGGACAUAGUAUGUACUGUCACUACAUGUCACUUGUGUAGUGGUCAUAAUGUAUGGGGUUUACCCAUACGUUAAGCCUGCACAGGCUCAUCAGUGUUGAAGAUUGGCACGAAAUAUUUUGAAGGCGGCUGCAUCUACAUUUCCACUAAAGACGGUGCAGGGUCGGGCUAAAGCUCCUGUGUGCUCUGAGAGCUGCAUCUGAGCCACUUUAUGGCAGAAAUGUGUUUUCUACAUAGUGUAUGCACAGUUUUGUACUACAGUUCUGAUUGUGACAUGCCAGUUACAAUAAAACAGAUUUUUUUGUA